ACCCCACUCAGCUCCCCGUGCCGGAAUGGCGGGCAGUGCCAGGACGACCAGGGCUUUGCCCUCAACUUCACAUGCCGCUGCUUGGCGGGCUUUGUGGGUGCCCGCUGCGAGGUGAACGUGGACGACUGUCUGAUGCGGCCUUGUGCUAACGGCGCCACCUGCCUGGAUGGCAUCAACCGCUUCUCCUGCCUCUGCCCUGAGGGCUUUGCUGGGCGCUUCUGCACCAUCAACCUGGAUGACUGUGCCAGCCGCCCAUGCCAGAGAGGGGCCCGCUGUCGGGACCGGGUCCACGACUUUGACUGUCUCUGCCCAAGUGGCUAUGGUGGCAAGACUUGUGAGCUAGUCUUACCCAUCCCAGAUCCCGCCACCAUAGCGGACAUCCCCCCGGGGCCCACCUCGGCUGUGGUGGUACCUGCUACGGGGCCUGUUCCCCACAGCGGGGGCGCCGGUCUGCUGCGCAUCUCCGUGAAGGAGGUAGUGCGGAGGCAAGAGGCCAGGCUGGGCGAGUCUAGCCUGGUGGCCGUGGUGCUGUUUGGGGCUGUCACUGCCACUCUGGUCCUGUCCACGGUGUUGCUGACCCUGAGGGCCUGGCGCCGGGGUGUCUGCCCCCCUGGACCCUGUUGCUACCCUGCCCCACACUAUGCCCCGGCGCGCCAGGACCAGGAGUGUCAGGUUAGCAUGCUGUCGGCAGGGCUCCCCCUGCCGCCUGACUUGCCCCCUGAGCCUGGGAAGACCACAGCACUGUGAUGGAGGUGGGGGCUUUCCUGCCCCCUCCUUCACCUCCUCUGCCGCUCAGACUGGAUUGGCCCUUUCUCUCCACCCCUCAGCUGGGAUACAUGACACUGAGGGACCUCAGCCUCAUGCCAGAAAUAUUAUUUUUUUAAUACACAGAGUGGAAGAUGGAAUUUUAUCAAAUAAAACUAUGGAAGUGCA